AGCAGCAGUCGGUCCGUGUGCGCUGGAGUGGCCGCACGGCGCCCGUUCAGCUCCCCCCUCCUGCCCUUGAUUCACACUGUCUUGCUCGCCUCCUCGUCAGCUCUCCUCUUCUUCUCCUCUUCCUCUUUCUUCCUCUACCUCCUCCUCCUCCUUCUCCUCCUAUUCCUCCUCGACAGUUCCUCUGGUUCCUCUGUCUCUCGUCUCUGCUACGACUUCUUCUUCUUCUCUGAGCGUCGUUCCUUCGUCCUCCGCCGCGCUGCCUUCAACAGCGGCCCUGGUGCUCCUCUCGAGGCCCUACUUCCAGGGCUCUCCCCGUUCCCCUCCAACUCCUUCUGCAGUAGGAGGAGGAGGAGGAGGAGGAGACGAAGCAAAGGGGAAGAGAGGGACGUCCUCUCUCUCUCCUUCUUCUUCUACUGCUUCCGCCUCGCCUUCGUCAGCAGCAGCUACAGCAUCAACGUCGUCCAAGCGUAGGAUCUUCUUCUCGUCCCCCGUCGCAGCGGCCUUUAGCAAACACCGACGCCUCCGCCCACGCCCACGCACACGCCCUUCCGUCGGAGCCUCCGUCGUCCCUAGGUCAUCCUCCUCCUCCCUGUCGUCGAUUUUGGUCCAGGAGGAGGAGGGGGAGGAGGAGGAGGAGGAGGAGGAGGAGGGGGAAGAGGGGGUCGAAGCCAAGGGCAAGAAGCACAGUAAGGGACGUCGCAACAUAAGCCUUGGACGUCAGCAGCAGCAGCAGCAGCAGCAGCCUGCAGCCGCGUGGCUGAGUGAGUCACCCUCCUCCUCACCCUCAACCUCUUCCUCCUCCCCCUCCUCCCCUAUCAUCCUGAUUCCCCCUCCUUCUACCUCACCCCCUCGGCUACUGCCAGCCUCACCGUCGUCGUCGUCAUCAUCAUCCUUCCUGUCGCGACUCAGAAGGACGUCUCCCGCCCACUUGUACCCUUCGGCGUCGUCCUCGCCCUCUUCCAUCAUCUCGCGAAGGCGCCGUCGGAGCGCCUCAGUGCCCCAGUCGCCGUCGGCGUGCCCCUCAUGGGGUGCAUCAGCCCCCCCAGGUGAGGACUCGAGCGACUUGGAGUCGAAGAGACGUAAGCGUUUCCCGAGGAGCGCGUCCUUGCCCGAGCCCGCCGCCGCCCUUGAGGAAGAGGAGGAGGAGGAAGAGGAAGAGGGCGAGGUGGGCUGGGGGGGUGCCUCACCCCCACCCUCGUCGUCCCCUCAUCCAGCCCCUGCCCCUCAGCAGCAGCAGGACUCCCCAGGGGCGCAGUCGAACUCCUCCUCGACGUCGUCGCACUGGAGCAGACGGAGGAUCGUCCUGCCCGGGUCGCCCUCCUACGUCUCUCUGGCUUCUUCUUCCAGCAGCCCCCCGCCUCCGUCCUCGCCCACGUCCAGGGGUGGGGGCUUCACCAUGCCCCGGCCCCUGGCGCAGAAUGCCCUCAUGAAGCCCCUGGUGGCGCUGGCCGUGCCCGGCAUGUACCUGGUCUACAAAUACAAUCAGUACAAGAGACAGCAGCAGGAGGCCAACCGCAGGAAGGCCGCCGAAAAGGAGCUUCUCCAACUCAACUACAAAAUCGACAAACUUCUGAACAAGUUGGACGAACACGAACCGGAGAUGGCCAUGACGCAAGAAGAGGAGUGCGUGAUCUGCGUCCAUGCAAAGGCCACGAUGCAGACCUUCCCCUGUGGCCACCGCGUCGUCUGCAGGAAAUGCUUUGUCAAAACGAUUCAGGUGGCGGUCAGCCAGCGCCUGCUGCCGCUGAGGUGCGUCGUCUGCCGCGCCAAAAUCCUGAGGCUCCGUCAGGCUCGGGACGUCCCCUUCCCAACGUCCGUGUCUCAGUACUCCAUGACGGCGGCGGCGGCCAUGGCGGCUUCGAGCAGGUGCAUGCCUACCUCCAUAUCCCUCUAUUCCUUCGGGUCGGGAUCUUCCGGCAUAUCAGGGAUCUCCAACGUGAGCAGCGCGAGCAGCAACAGCGGAGGGUCCUACUACAGCACAGGGAUACGUGGGAAGUUCAGCAGGCAGAUCCCGACGGGCGGCUGUAACAGCGUCAGCGGUAACAAACGGCUUCAGGGCAAAAAGGUCUCGAGCAAGAGCGGAGCGCGGAGCAAAGAGCCGCUGAUCAAAGGUCUUCCCCAGAUCCACAUCGACGAGUACCGGGAGAUCCCCUGCAGACCCGCGCCCGUAUCCCGUCCACCCAGGGUCCACAUAAGGGAGAACAAAGUCGCUCCUCAGGAGUCCCUAGGAAGGCUUCCCACCAUCAAGGAAUACACGGAAUUCAUUUCGGACAAGGAGUUCGAGAAGGAGAAGUCGUCCUCUACUAGAAUAAGAUGUGCGCAAAAGCUCGUAAGCCAAAUCGAACACCACCACCAUGGAGUCCUCCCCCAGCAGCAGAGAACUCGGAGCCCCAGGGGAACCUCAUCCUCCCCCUCCCCCUCCUCAAUGUCCCCAGCGCCCUCCCAAGCCAGGUCACACAUAACGGUCGCCGCCGUCACUAGUCCUACAACCGCCGGAAUACCCAGAGGGACCAACAACAGAACGUCCUCCUCUUCCCGCGUCGUUCCUCCACAAGCGCGGGUCCUUCCCAGGUCCCCUUCGACGUCGUCGGGAAGCGGCUCGAGGGCAGGAACCUCCUACACCGAUAGGAAGUCCCACAGCGGCGGAGCCACGAUGGGCCGGAGAGAGUCUUCCUCCUCGGCCGUCUCCCUCCGGAGCAACGUCUCGCACGGGAGCGUCAGCUCCGUGCGAAGUAGCGCCUCGGCCAAGAGCGGGUCUUCGGUUAGGAGCGGCAGUGCGUCUCUCAGGGCCUCCAUGACUUCCUCCUCCCGCCACGGAGGGCCGUCCCCUGCCAAGAAGAACUCCUCCUCCUCGUCCUCGACCAAGAACUCCUCCGCCCCGUCCAAGUCCUCGGACUCGAACAACAAGUCCGGCUCGUCCUCGAGGAAGGACUCCGAGGGCAAGGGGGUGCGGAGGAAGGACGCGGCGGCCGACGGGAAGGGCGGGGGGAACGACAAGCGAGGCAAGACGACCAAGGGGGAGAGCAAAAUCAAGGCGCUGAAAAAGAGGUUCGAGGGGAAGGAGUACCACAGACUGCAGUAGCUCAAAACAAAAGACGAAAGGUUCCCGCGACGUGCUGUGCAGACAGAAACAUUAUUAAACAAAAAGACGAAAAAAAACUUUCCCUGUAGCAAUACGGUUGUUUCAGAGACCACGUUGAACGUAGAUAUGGAGGUUUUGCUGUGUUAUGAAAUACUUCGUUAGCAAUAAUACUAUUGAUAAUAAUAAUUAAUAAUAAUAAAAUAACAAACACAAAUUCCUAGUCGAGUGGAUAUUGCAAUACCUGUAUCAAUACCUGUUUGUUUACUCUCAGUCCCCCGAUGACCCUUAAGAAUGGAAAAAAAAAAUGUUCCAGUUUGUGUUUUGUCAGACAACUAAAGAUAUAUAUGGAGAGAAAAAAAAAAUAAUGUUUUGAGUGUGGUUCAAAUGCCAGCUAGGGCUCUCCUUUCGCACCAGACGCCCGAAACUGUGAAAGUGUCUUCGCGCGGAGAAAAAAAGUCUCGGUUCCUGAGUCCUGGCAGUGGCGUCUACGCUUACGCCUGGCGUUUAAGACCCUGCCCACCACCACGUUUCCGUUCACUUUUUCGAAAUGUCUGCUACAGGACGUUCCUCCUCCUCCUCCUCCUCCU